AUGGGUGACGAAUUUGAAAGUGGUAACGGUGAUUACAUGGAAAAACGAAGUGAUGAUGGGCAGAAAGAGGAAGAAAAUGUUGUUGAGCAAGUUGAAGAGGAAUAUGUCUGCGUUUGUGCAACCGAGGAAGAGGAUUGUACACCGCUGGAGCUACCCCUUACAUCGGAUGGUUCGCUAUCGUGUUCCACGUUGUCACAUUCGUUCCCAAAAGCGAUUGGCUUGAAAUACAAAAAUGAAACAACCGGCUUAUUUCGUACCCUGCUGUAA